AUGAAUAUAUUGUUAAUAUUUAAUUUGAUUUUCCCCCUUCUGCUUGUGUUUCAGACUCCUGGGAGAGUUGGCUCUCAAGGUUCUGAUUUAGAUUCAUCAGCAGCUCCUGUAAACACUGUGGAUGUCACUAAUGAAAGCUCUUCAGAGGGUUUCAUAUGUCCCCAGUGUAUGAAAUCUCUUGGAUCUGCUGAUGAACUUUUCAAACACUAUGAGGCAGUUCAUGAUGCUGGCAAUGAUUCAGGUCAUGGAGGAGAAGCUCUUGCUCUGAAGCGAGAUGACAUAACACUACUUAGACAAGAGGUCCAAGACCUACAAGCUUCACUUAAGGAAGAAAAAUGGUACUCAGAAGAAUGAAAGAAAGAAUUAGAAAAGUUUCAAGGGCUACAGCAGCAAGAGUCUAAACCUGAUGGAUUAGUAGCUGAUUCACCAGCAGAACUACAGUCUUUGGAACGACAAUUAGAAGAAGCUCAAACAGAAAAUUUUAAUAGUAAGCAAAUGAAAGACUUAUUUGAACAGAAAGCAGCCCAACUUGCCACUGAAAUUGCAGAUAUAAAGUCAAUAUAUGAUGAAGAAAAGAGUCUUCGAGAAGCUGCUGAACAAAAAGUGACACAUCUGACAGACCAAUUAAAUAAAGAGGCGACUGUAAUUCAAGAUCUGAAGACUGAACUGCUUCAGAGACCUGGUAUAGAAGAUGUUGCUGUGCUAAAGAAAGAACUGGUCCAAGUUCAAACGCUAAUGGAUAACAUGACCUUGGAACGUGAGAAAGAAUCUGAAAAACUCAAAGAUGAAUGCAAAAAGUUACAAACAGAGUAUGCUAACUCAGAGGCCACAGUAAGCCAGCUGAGAAGUGAACUUGCCAAACGCCCCCAGGAAGUUGCUGUAUAUGUGCAGGAACUACAGAAACUUAAAAGUUCAGUUAAUGAAUUAACACAAAAAAAUCAGGACUUGACUGAAAAGUUGCAGAAGAAAGAACUGGACUAUACUCAGAGGAGAAACACAAUGAAGAAUGUGUGAGUAAAAAGAAUAUACAAGCAAGCCUUCCUCAGAAAGACUUAGAUUAUCAACAGCUUCAGUCAAGGUUAUCUGCAUCUGAAACGUCUCUGCAGAGAAUACAGGCAGAACUAGGUGAAAAGGGAGAAGCUACUCAAAAGCUCAAGGAAGAACUGUCAGAAGUGGAGACCAAGUACCAGCAUCUUAAGGCAGAAUUUAAAUAAACUUUUAAUGAACGUUCGUUCAUCUAGCACAAAGGGAAUGGGUUGCGUCCCGUCCCAAAGGUGGAGACCCCUUUCUUUGC